AUGGCCGACGACCCUGUACACCGCCGCAAUCAAUCUGCUGACGAGAGAGCCAUUCCUCUACAAAAUCUGGACGCGCAUAGCUUGUCCCGCAAGGAAUCACACCGGCGCACUCUUAGUGACAGGGGCCGGGAACUGUUUCGUGCUGGCCGAUCAAACACGACCAGCAGCCGCCGGAAUGCGCCCUAUGCGCCAAUUCACGAUCGGGAUGCCUCGCCCAGCCCGCCCUCGCAUGUCAUGCACAUGUCACCUAUAGCAUUUGUGACAUCGCCUUCCGGACAGCACGAACGCAUUCCCGACGAGGACGACGAGCAGCCCACAUCGCCGGUGGCGGAUCGGGGUGCCUUCCAGGCAGCAAUUGGGUUCGCGGGAUUGAGCUUCAAUGCGAGCCACAGCUCGCCCGAUGAUACGGACGACGUUGAAGAUAUGGGAUUAGAUGGAUCGCCGUCGAGACCACAGCAUUCCCAGCGUCUGUCGAGGGCCACCCGGGACAGUCUGCCGCCGCUGACUAUACGGCCCGUCGAUAGCAUGGACGACCUGGUGCCAGUGCAACUUGACGAUGGACCGACAUUUCUGUCUCCUGGUGUUGCGGACGAGGAAGACACCCUGCCGCUCACUCCGAAUUCUUUACAUCCAUCUGAAGCAAGAACACAAAAUACAACUUCGGGUCAGCGACACGACAGACAUAACAGGUCGGGCUCGAGUUUUGGGGGGUUGAGCGGUCUGAGUGUGCGAUUCUCGCCCAGUCGCUCUCGCAGCGGCUCAAGACUGGGUGAUGAUCUUGCAAGCGUAGAGCUGGGCUCGCGGACCACUGGCUCAGAUGCAAGUAGAUCUCCGCAUCGAAGGUUAACUCUUUCGGCGAGUGAGUCGCCGCUAUCGCGAACUGGAACUAUGCUCCGCAACAUGUCCCAGCGUGUUGUUAAUCUCAGCAACGAGUCGGAGCCCGUGGAGCGACAGGUACCGCGAAAGUCAUCUGAGAUCCGGAUGAGUGAUGGCAACGCCAGCAUGGACGGUACAAUACCGCAAAGAUCUUCGGCGAGUGAAAAGGCGCCAUCGGUCAUCUACGAGCCAGAGAUUCCCGCCCAGCUUCCUCCCAUCGAGCGCAAUCCCCUGAGAGGCAAGUCUCUUGGCGUCUUUUCGGCGCAAAGUAGAGUACGACGUGGGCUCCUGGAGUUUCUCGUCCAUCCAUUCGUGGAGCCUUUGAUUCUCAUUCUCAUUGUCGUCCAGACAGUUCUUCUUGCUGUCGAUUCUGCGCAUGAUGUUGUACAUGACCCACGGCCUUCAAAUUGGGGUACGCUCUGGUCCGACUGGGUGCUGCUGGGCAUUUUCAUCGUAUACACCAUUGAGAUCGCGAUCAAGGUGGUGGUCUCUGGAUUUGUCUUCAACCCCGUCGAAUACAGUACCAUAGAUCGCAGCAUUGGCAUCAGAGAAGCAUUGAAAAAGAAGGCCGACGGGCUCUUUGCACUGCACCGGAAGCCCUCCAAACGAAAUACCCGCGGCGAGCCUGUACGAUCGCAUGCGCCAGGACCGGAUUCGCUGCUUCGAUCUUUUACGAUACAAAACUUUGACGACGUCCCUGGAGGCUCACGCCAAGCGCAGAAGAAGCGUCUUGCGCACCGGGCGUUUCUCCGCCACUCCUUCAAUCGCCUAGAUUUCGUUGCGGUUGUGUCUUUCUGGAUCAGUUUCAUCUUGGGCUUUGCAGGUCUGGAGUACCAAUAUCGGAUAUAUGUCUUCCGCAUGAUGAGCUGCCUGCGGAUUCUGAGGCUGUUGGGUAUCACGAGCGGUACCUCCGUCAUUCUUCGUAGUCUGAAACGGGCGGCGCCGACCUUGUUGAAUGUUGGAUUUCUGAUAGGGUUCUUUUGGCUUCUGUUCUCCAUCAUUGGCGUGCAAAGCUUCAAAUCAAGUCUGCGGAGGACCUGUGUACUGGAUUCRGCCCAGGCUGUUCCCCCGAUGGCCGACUACCCAGGCUUUUUUGAAGAUGGAGUCAUUAAGAACAACACCCAAAACUCUCCAGAGCCGGCUGGUAAUUUUCAAUUUUGCGGCGGGUGGCUUACUACGGACAACAUUGCCAUGCCGUGGUUGAAGGCAGAUGGAUCGAACGGUACCGACAUGCACAAGGGCUUUCUAUGUCCGCCAGGAUCCUUUUGUGUCGAGGGCAUGAGCCCAUACAACGGAACCCUCAGCUUUGACAACAUAUUCCAAUCCUCGGAACUGGUUUUCAUCAUCAUGACCUCAAACACUUUCACAGACAUUAUGUACUACCUGACUGACUCCGACUAUCUGGCAUCAGCGCUGUUCUUUGCCUUUGGGAUUAUCUUCCUUACCUUCUGGCUCAUGUCUCUGCUGAUUGCGGUCAUUACAUCCUCGUUCCAGGUCAUACGAGAAGAGAGCAGGGGCAGCGCUUUCAUGGCUGGUGACGACGAUGACGACGAGAAAAGUAAAGGGGAGCACCAUACCUCUGCCCACUCCAAUGCCCACGUCUCUGCAUUGAAAAGAAUGUAUCAGAAGACCUAUUGGUUUUGGAUCAUCGUGAUAGUGUUUGAUCUUGUCGUCGCGAGCACUCGCACUGACACGAUGGGUCGCUUUACCCACGACUUGAUCAAAUACACGGAGAUGCUUGCGACCGUACUGCUCUUGUUCGAGAUUGUCUUUCGAUUCGUUUCCGAUUGGAGGGACUUCAUUUACCACCGUCGAAACUGGUUCGAUCUCGGCUUGGCCAUCAUCACUGCUGUCAUUCAGUUGCCCUCCAUCCGGAACUCAGGCGAUGCCUACGCCUGGCUUACAGUCUUCCAGAUACUGAGAAUCUACCGUGUGGUUCUUGCCGUCCAGCUCACACGCGAUCUGAUCCUUCUCGUUCUCCGCCACGUCUCGGGUGUGCUGAAUCUGAUCUUAUUCGUUUUUCUGCUUACAUUCCUGGCGUCCAUAUUCGCGACUCAGCUUUUCYGAGGUCAGCUGCCGCGGUUCGAUGACGAAGGUAAUUACCUCCAGGUCACCUUUGCGACCAUCUUCAAUUCGUUCCUGGGAAUGUAUCAGGUCUUGUCGUCGGAAAACUGGACCGACGUACUGUACAGUGUAACAAGAUUCGGCAAACAUAAUCACACGGCCUGGAUUGGCGCCAUAUUCUUCAUCAUCUGGUUCAUUCUGGCAAACUUUGUCGUGCUGAAUAUGUUUAUUGCUGUCAUCCAGGAAAACUUCGACGUUUCGGAGGACCAAAAGCGAUUACAGCAAGUCAAAAUGUUCCUUCAGCGGAAGGAGAUGAGCUCAAACACCGGCGGCACCUUGUCAUUGUCUACCAUCUUCAAAUUCGGCAAACUGAAACGACAAGACCCCUUAGACUUUGGCUCGGCGGCCACUGAAAUGCUCUUGAAAGAUGCAGUGGUGCGUGACUUCCUCGACGAGCAGGAUGUCCAGGGAGGUGAUGUGAAACGGACCAUGACGGGUGGAUUGAUAUCAUCGUCCACCCUCAACUUGAUCAAGCAGCCAGCUAGCUGGGCGCAGCGCCUUCAGGACAGCAUCACCAAGCGCAUCUUCAACAGCGAACCCAAUCCAUUCUAUGCUAAGCUGCAACUCACAAAGCCCUACGAGGAGCUCGAUCCACGAACUUUGGCGAGGGAGGUGGUCACUGCUGCUGAACAGCGCAAGUUAUCACAGCGGGAAUACCUCCGCAAGUACCCCAAGUACAAUGUCUCUCUGUUCAUGUUCAAGCCAGACAACAAGCUCCGAGCAUUAUGCCAGCGAAUCGUCGGACCGGGUCGCGGGACGCGCAUUCAAGGUGUGCAGCCGAACCCAACCAUUUGGUACACGUUUUCGGCGUUCAUCUACGCUGCAAUUGUGGGCAUGGUGCUGCUGGCCUGUGUURCCACGCCUCUUUUCCAGCUGGAGUACUUCAAGAAACAUCCGUUCAUUGACGACCGGUUUAACUGGUUCGUUUACACAGACAUAGGAUUCGCUGCCUUGUUCACAGUCGAAGCUGCCAUCAAAGUCAUUGCAGAUGGUUUCUUUUGGACACCCAACGCUUAUUUCCGCAGCUCCUGGGGCUUCAUCGACGGUAUUGUGCUCGUCACUCUGUGGGUCAAUAUUCUGACCGCUCUCUACGAUCCUGGCAGUGGCUCACGAGCUGUCGGUGCCUUCAAGGCGCUCAGAGCUCUGCGGUUGCUGAACGUCAGUGACAGCGCUCGUGAUACGUUCCACUCGGUCAUUGUGCUCGGAGGCUGGAAAGUUCUCAGUGCGGCAUUUGUGUCGCUCAGCUUGCUGAUUCCCUUUGCCAUCUACGGCUUGAACCUUUUCGCCGGAAAGAUGUCUUGGUGCAACGACUGGCAACAGUACGAUGUUCACAACCUCACGGACUGCGUAGGAGAGGCCGUUCUCAAUCCAAUUGGAUUCAAUGUGCUGGCGCCACGAAGAGUUGGCUACCAGAAUUACGCUUACGACUUCGACACUUUCGGCGAUGCUCUCUUCAUCUUGUUCCAGGUUGUCUCCCAAGAAGGAUGGGUGGACCUCAUGUGGAGCGCCCAAUCGAUCACCGGCGUCUUCACGCAGCCAGCGUGGUUCUCACAACAAGCCAACGCCAUCUUCUUCGUUGUCUUCAAUUUGCUCGGUGCAGUCUUCGUGCUCACCCUAUUUGUGUCCGUUUUCAUGCGCAACUACACGGAGCAGACCGGCGUGGCUUUCCUGACAUCAGAGCAGCGGUCAUGGCUGGAGCUACGCAAGCUGCUACGACAGGUUGCCCCCUCAAAGCGGCCAAAUCGACAGAAGAAACGACAGAGCUGGCAGGAGUGGUGCUAUCGCCGUGCCGUCACCAAGAAUGGUCGAUGGCAGCGGACGAUCACCGGCAUUCUCAUCGCGCACUUAAUCCUCCUCUGUCUAGAGUGGUAUCCGGAACCAUGGGCCUGGUACAUGACCCGCCUGAUGAUCUUCUUCUGCUUCGUGCUCUUCUACAUUGCCAACAUUUUUGUGCGCAUCAUUGGUCUCUCGUGGACCCGGUUCAGAAAAAGUGCAUGGGACGUCUACGCUUUGAUCAUGGUCUCGGCAACGUUUACCACCUCGAUAAUGGUGUUUGGAAACCUGAGCAGCAACUCGUACGCUCAGACGCAUAAGCUGUUUCUGGUGUCGCUCGCGUUGAUGCUCAUUCCCCGGAACAAUCAGCUGGAUCAGCUUUUCAAGACAGCAGCUGCGAGCUUUAGUGCAAUCGCAAAUCUGUUAGCGACUUGGUUCGUGCUAUUCUUAGUAUAUGCCAUUGCCUUCACGCAAACAUUUGGCCUCACACGCUUCGGUGCGGAAGAGACGGACAACAUCAACUUCCGAACAGUUCCCAAGGCAUUGAUCCUACUCUUCCGUAUGAGUGUGGGAGAGCAAUGGAACUCCAUCAUGAUGGACUUUGCGAACAUUGAGCCACCGUAUUGUACGACCUCGGACCAUUACUACGAUGGAGAUUGUGGGAGCAAGCAAUGGGCAUAUGCACUCUUCGUAUCCUGGAACAUCAUCAGCAUGUACAUUUUUGUCAACUUGUUCAUCUCGUUGAUCUACGAAAGCUUCUCGUAUGUGUACCAGAGAAGCAGCGGGUUGUCGAUCAUCAGCCGGGAGGAGAUUCGUCGUUUCAAGCAAGCUUGGGCAGAGUACGAUCCUAACGGGACGGGGUACAUUUCGAAGGACGUUUUUCCAAGAUUCCUGGGCGAACUGUCUGGUAUCUUUGAGAUGCGUAUCUAUGAUGGAGACUUCACCAUCACUUCACUGAUUGAUGACUGUCGGGUUGAACCACGGAGAGCGUCGAAACUCCCCGUGGACGGCGAAACGUCCAAUCCAGACAUAGAUUUGGCCAAGCUAAAUCUCCGCCUCUCAGAGCUGCCAGUGAGUGAGAUUCGGCGACGGCGAGCACGAAUGAACACCUUCUAUGAAGAAGUGCUCGUCUCAGCAGACCCGGACCGUGGCAUUGCGUUCAAUGCACUGCUCAUGAUUCUCGCGCACUAUAAAGUCAUCAAUGACAGCAAGAGUUUGAAACUGGAAGAAUUUUUGAGACGACGGGCUAGGCUACAGCGAGUGGAGGAGGCCGUGAAUCGCAACAUCGUCGUCGGCUUUUUCGAUACAUUGUACUGGGCCAGACGCUUCAGACGUGCAAUGGAGGCAAAGAAGGAUGCUCGCAUGACUGCGAUACCGUCCUUUGGCGUACCAGAAAUUCUGGUGCAGGACGAAGGCGGCGACGAUGUCACGCAGGCGAAGAAGUUUGACAUACCUGCUGUCAGCGUCACACCAGUCGACUACGAUGCGGCUGACACCGCAGACUCCCUUGGCAUUGGCCGCUCGCCCACGGAUGCCAACAGUAGUCGCUCCGGACAAGGCGACGGUUCGGCACGCUCUGCWGCUCGAAACAGGAGUAGCUCCAUUCAACACACGCCCGGUUCGUCUCCCGUGAGAGAAGAGUUUCAUCUUUCCCUCUCGCCGUCACGCCAUCGGCCUUCGGUCUCCAGCAGCAGCAUACAGCCCGACUGGCAUUUUGCUGCAGCAAUGGAGGGAUCUUCGCCUCCUGGUAGUCCGGGUCCAUCAGUCAGCGACGCUGCAGCGGCACGAAGCAGAGCGAACUCGGCAGUCUCGCAGGGAGAAAUGUUGGGCAUGUUUCAGGAUUCUGCUUGGGGUCAGAGCAUGAGGCGGAGUGUUACGCAGCGGAAGUCGAGCGAUGCCCGUGGGCCGCCGCCAUGA